AUGGACGACACCGAACGACGUACAGCGAAACGCUCUCGAUUCGAUCAAACCGAACCCGAGCCGCGACGCUCUCGUUUCGAUCGCAGAUCGCGUUCACCUCCAGCUAAAAGGUCGGAUCAUGGUCGCGACCGUAGCCCAAUUCCCAAGGAUGGACAGAAAGGCGCGUCCGACUCGAGAAGCCCGGUUGACCCGGCAGCGGCAGCAGCUGCCGCCGCUGCUAAGAUCAAUGCCCAAAUCCAAGCUAAGAAGGGAAUUCAACACGUCGACGUGCCUCCGAUUAAGUCGUCAUCAUCUACUUCUCCCGGUCCCAACGCUCCGACUACACCUGGCGGCAAUGGAUCCAACAACAUCAACGGCGAAAUGUACAUUGCAGAUGGAGAUUAUAUCAAAGAUAUCGAAGUGAACGAUUUGCGCAACCGAUACUUACUCACGAAGAGCUCAACUCAGAAGAUGAUUAAAGAGGAAACCGGAGCUGAUGUCACGACUCGAGGAAAUUACUAUCCCGACAAAAGCAUGGCGACACCAUCGAAUCCCCCGUUGUUCCUCCACAUCACGAGUACCUCGAAAACCGGCCUCGAGGCCGCGGUUGACAAGAUCGAGGAGAUGAUGAAGCAAGAGCUGCCUAAUCUGGUUGACGAACGACGCUUCCGACGCCGAGACCAAGAACAGGUAGAGCGAGACGAGUUCGGACGCCGUAAAUGGCCGGAGUCGAAGAUACCUAUUGGUUUGGAAGAAAUUCGCGGUUUUAACCUUCGAGCCCAAAUCGUUGGACACGGUGGCUCUUACGUGAAGCACAUUCAGCAAGAAACUGGAUGUCGUGUCCAGAUCAAGGGACGUGGCUCAGGCUAUCUCGAAGCUUCUACAAACCGCGAAAGUGAUGAUGAGAUGUACCUCCAUGUUGCUGGCCCUGAUCCGAAGAUGGUUGAUAAAGCCAAGGAGCUAUGUGAAGAUCUUAUUUCCAAUGUUAAAGAACAGUACGAGGAGUUCAAGAGUCGACCACCCCGUCAGCAUUUUGGUGGCCACGGUGGCGGCAAUGGCGGCGGUGGUGGUUAUGGAGAGCGAUCGUCGUACGGCGAGAGAUCUUACGGCGGCGACAGAUAUAACGAUCGACAAGGUAGUGGUUCGGGAUCCUAUGGUGGAUAUGGUGGUUACAACAACUCACCAAACCCCGCCGCAAAUUCGGCCUCUCCUGCACCUCCUGGCCAAGGAAGCCCGUCUACCGCUAGCAACGAUUAUGCUGCACAAUAUGCGCAGUACUACGGUGCUGGUCAAGACCCCUAUGCUGCAUACGGUGGUUACGCGGCGUAUAUGCAGUACUACCAGCAGUAUUACGCUGCUGCCCAAGCCGCUCAGCAGGGAACCCCAACGCCUCCCGUACCGGGAGCUUCAAAUUCUCCUCCACCACCUCCGCCUAGCGAAGCUCCCCCACCGCCCCCUCCUGGCGGAUCUGCACCUCCCCCGCCUCCUCCCCCUCCCGGAGCAGGAAGCUAUGGCGCUGUUAGUACCCCCUCCCCCUGGACUAUGAUCAAGCUCGAUAUUCGCAAGUUUGUAAUCCAGCACUUUGAUUGGUGUGUAGAGAAGCUCAACGGGAAAUUCUAUGACCUAUUUUCCUAUGUUCAUGCCUUUUCGGGUGAUACAGAAUACCAGAGGCCUAUUCUUCUUCUCGAAGCCUCCGACGCAAUGAGCCACCAACGCUACCCGUCGGUCGACCCCAAGGAACCGCAUUCCGUCUCCCUGAAGGUCUUACGCCUCUCGCGCCCCUCCCUCGUCGUCCAACAUCCCCUCCCACCGCCCCUCGCCACUCCGCCAUCCUCAUCAUCUCCGCUCUCCCCAUCACCACAAAAAGAAAGACAAGACGCCCCGACCCCCGCGUCCCUCGCCUACAGCACCACCGCCGACUCAAACCCAGACCCCUUCCUCCUCGCGCCGAUCCUCCAGCUCCCGCCCUCCUUCGGCUCCGCGUACGUCGGCGAAACGUUCAGCUGCACGCUCUGCGCGAACCACGACGUCCCGCUCCCGGGCGAACCCGUCGCGCAGACGUCCGGAGGAGGCGGUGGAGGCGGGUUGACGCCCCUGUCGGCGCCGCCGCCUGGGUCCCUGCCGAAGAAGAAGUUCACGAAGGAUGUGCGGAUCGAGGCGGAGAUGAAGACGCCGAGUUCGGCUGCGGCGGUGAAGUUGGCUUUGGUGGGGGCGGAGGGGGUUGAUGAUGAGGAUGAUGGGGAGGGAGAGGGAGGAGGGGGAGGAGGCAAUGCGGGUGUGGAUUUGGAUCCGGGUCAGACGUUGCAGCGGAUUGUUAAUUUCGAUUUGAAGGAGGAGGGGAAUCAUGUGCUUGCGGUUACGGUGAGCUAUUAUGAGGCGACGGAGACGUCCGGGCGGACGCGGACUUUUCGGAAGUUGUACCAGUUUAUAUGUAAGGGGUCGUUGAUUGUUAGGACUAAGGUUGGGGCUUUGCCGCUUUCUCCGACUGGGAGUAGUGUUGGGGAUGGUGGUGACGCUGGUGAGAAGGGGGAGAGGAGGUGGGUUAUGGAGGCUCAGCUGGAGAAUUGUAGUGAGGAUGUCAUGCAGCUGUACCGCGUGGGGCUUGAGCUGGAGAAGGGGCUGAAGUAUAGGGAUUGUAAUUGGGAGGUUAGUGAGAGUAAGAGGCCUGUCUUGCACCCUGGUGAGGUAGAGCAGUGCUGCUUUGUUGUGGAGGAGAAGGCUGGGGAGGAGGUGGAAGAGGAGGAGGAUGGGAGAAUCGUGUUUGGGGUCCUGGGGAUCGGGUGGAGGAGCGAGAUGGGGAAUAAGGGGUUUCUGUCAACGGGGAAGUUGGGCACGAGGCCGACUAAGUGA